GACGCGAGGCUGUGACGCAGCACGUCGGCCGGGCGUCCUCUUGGCCGGCGGUCACCGGCUGGCCGCCCUCUGCAGCGGCGUCGAGUCCUCCUCGGAGCCUUGGCGAUGGAGUACAUGGACCGCUCGGCGCGCUUCUUGCGCCCUUACCUGGUGCGCGACGCGGCGCGGAGGACGAUGCCUUUGGGGCUUCUGGGCCUCAUGCUGGGCGGCUGCGUCAUCAAGGAGUGGGCGCCGCUGCCGGAGACCUACAUGAGCAACAAGCGCAACCUGCUUAACAUGUAUUUUGUUAAAGUUGCCUGGGCCUGGACCCUUUGUCUGCUGCUCCCUUUUAUCGGCAUCACUACCUACCACGUCACCCGGAGCGUUGCGGUGGUGGUUCGACGUCUCAGUGCUUUGCUAGUUGGCACUGCCAUUUGGUAUUCAUGCACCGGGGUGUUCCUGUACAUUGAGGACCUGACAGGCAGCUGCUACAAAUCUGUGGCCUUUGAUGUACCGCUGAAGGAACAUCCCAACAAACUACAGUGCCUAAAAGCUGGUGGCUUCUGGAAUGGCUUUGACAUCUCGGGACACUCCUUCCUUCUCUCAUACUGUGCCCUGAUUACUAUAGAGGAGAUGGCUGUGUUGCACAUCGUGAACAUCUCCCAGAACUCCAGAAUGCACACUGUGGUAAAUGGCUUUUUCCUGGCCCUGAGUUUCUUGACCAUGAUUUGGUUGUGGAUGUUUUUUACCACGGCUGUGUAUUUUCAUGACUUCUCCCAAAAGUUAUUUGGCACGUUGGCAGGUCUCUUGGCUUGGUAUGGAACAUACAAGUACUGGUACCUAACUCCUUUGUCUCCUGGACUUCCUCCGGAAAGAACUAGUUGGAGUGCCCGAAAGUCCAACCGUAGCCUAUAAAAAAAAAAGAGUGCCUAUGAGUCAGAUUUUGUUUUAAAGAAAAUUCUUUGCUUGAUAACUAAUUUUAAAAAUAAUUAUUUUCAGUAUAUUUAAAGGGAUGAGUUGAAGACAAAAUAUUUUUUGAUUCUGUGUAGAGGUUUGGAUUUAUUUCCUCAUAAAAGAAGGCUGCUGUUGGAGUCCUACUAAUCAUAUGACAGUUAACCUUUUUCACUAAUUCAAUGACAGCGUUAGUGAUUGUGUUGGCAAUGAAGUCUAAAUUCCUUUAACUGGUGGGGCAGGGGAAUGCAUUCUCAAGGUUGGUUUGUUGGCUAUGGAAGAAGCUAACAUCUUACACUACACAAAAAAAUAGAACUUGUUAGAAAAAUAUUAACAAACAGCAAGGGAGAAACCAUUGUUGGUUUGGGCAGAUUACUGGCUAAUGGAGCUCCCUGGACCUGUCCUGGUCAUGGCACACCACAAUUUUAUUUUUUUAUCAUUGCUGUUAUGCCCCUAAGUCAAGGAUAACUUGAUGCAGACAAAGCUUUCUGUUAGUAGCUCCCUGAACCAAUAAGGGAGUAAGGGAAGCUCUCUGCUGAGUCAGUGAUAGUUUGAGCCACUUGUGGAUUAACAAUACAGAAAUGUGGCUAUAAAACAACUCUUAAUUCUGUGAAUAAGCAUCUAUUCCAGCUGUUAGAUGCUUUUAGUCUCCAGUUCUGCCAACCCAUCCUUUCAGACUACCACGAAAUGCAUUCCAGAUCAUUUUCUUUAGACAAAACAGCUUGCAUAAUCCAACCUUUGUGUUGGAAUUUAUUUUUUCCAUGUAAUUAAAAGCCUUUGAGUAUCUUGACAUUUACUACAGUAGCAAUGUAAUAUCCUUGAUUAUUGCAACACACUUUAUAUUAGGAAAGCAGGGUGUUGGCUGCAAGAUUGCUGCACUCAAAUUCUUCCCUCUUGCCUUAAUCUGUUUAAUGCUGUAAGAUGUUCACAGUCUGCAGCAGAAAGGCAGUUUGUUCUUUUAUGGGGACUAAUGUUCUUUUUAUAUUGAUUCCAUCAGCCGUUUCUUGGCAUUGGGAAAAAUUUAUAAAUGAUCUUGUUUCAAAUGAAAUUUUGUAGGUGCUUUAUCUGUCCCCCACCCCUCAAUGACACUAACUUUAAAACACAAUCUACUUGUACAUAAUUUUGCUACAUUGCUUGCUUCAGCUCUGUGACUUGGCUGUCUGCAUUGAAGAAAUGCAAUUAUUUUUAAUUCCGUUUUUAAACAAACAAACAAACUUGCAUCUUAGCAAAUGGUACUGCUUUGUACGUUAAUACCCAGAGGUCUUCUGUCCUUCUGGACCAAAGUCUACAGUCCUGCAAUGGAAUUUUCAAGAAGUGGUUUGAAUCUUCAUAUUAAGUAUAUGAUGUUUAAGCUACUUAAGGUGGUAUACUUAACACUAACAGCUCAAUCCUAAACAAAUUUACUUACUUUGUAAGUACCUUCUUUUUUCACAGUACCCGCAAGAAUAAUUAGAUGGAAGUUACUCCAGAAAUAAUCCAGUGGUGCUUAUUUGGAUUUUUAGAUCCAAAAUACCUUUAGCAGUUUCUGAGCAUGAAACUCCAGGAUGCUUUUUAAAAAUUCUUCCCAAGUUAAAACAUGUCUUGCAUGAAAGAAGAUGUAGAAUGCAAAUGUACAUCUCAUUGACUUCUGUGGGGUUGAGAUGACUUUUGAAAAUAUGUCAAAUUUAAAUGACUUCCAAAUGGCAGAUUGGGGUUGAUACAUACCACAGUAUUCCCACAUAUAAAAGCAGUUUGGAGCCUUCCUCAGCUGUUUGAAUAUCCAUCAAGAAUAACUUUAAUGAAUAACUGUAACAAACAAUUAACAGUCAGCAGUUGGAUUGAACUAAGAUAAAAUGACUACAAUUCCCCAAAAGAGAAUUGGGAGAUGGCAGAGAUGGCUAUCUGAUGGCAUGUGUCAUUUAGAGGACAUGGAAGCAGCCUCACUUUAUUGUAUUUUUAAGUUGUCCUGUGGAUCCUCCUGGAUCAAACAUCAGAGUAUAAUUCAAAUAUUAAUAAAUGUGACUUUGCGCACACAUGAAGGGCAAUUUCCAUGCCUGUGGGAGCCCUUUUUCCCUGCCAGUGUAAUCAUGGCAACCAUUAUUGCUAUAACCAGUUUAGCAGCCAAGUUCAUGCUGACUUUCCACUCAAGGAAAUUAGUCUCCUGAGGAUGGUUCAAGGCAGCUUGCGGGUGGUAGAAAAGUGCUAAGUGAGAACACAUCCCAAGUAUUAUUUGUUUCUUUUGUUGGCAUCUUGUAAAAGUUCUAUAAGCUGUAAGAUUUGGUACAUUUAUUUUUUAUGUAAUAUUAAUGUUUUAGUGUUUUGCAUUUGUAUAAUUUUUUAAAAAAGGCAGCAUGCACUGAUAUAUUUCCUUGCUAUUAUUUAUGUGCAUGCAUUUUAUUUGUGUGCAUACUUUCUGCUGACUGCAUGUGCUAAACAUUGUAGGUUGGGUGGCUGAGUUUCAUUACACACAGCAUCAAUGUUGGUAGACAGCAAAA